UCUGCGUUAACAGUCAAAAAUAAGUUCUUGCCUUUAGCUUAGCACUCAGCAACGGAAGCAACGGACGAUAAAAAAAAUCAACAUGAGGUCUCUGUUACUGCUCCUUUCAUUAGUCAUUCUUGUCAGAGGAGAUUCAACUUCCAAUAAAAACUGUACAGCCAGCGGCGAAGCACUGGACGUGGGCGUGGAGUACGACGAGUCGUACGGUUUCGGCGUGGAGUGGCGCGCGCCCUCUAACCUCGAGGGGUGCGUGCGGCGGUACUCCGUGUGCGUGACCUUGGACGGGGGAGCCCCCGACUGCCGCAACACCUCCUCCACCUGGUGGAGGACGGCGCGCGGCGACGCGGCGGCCUGCUCCAACUACUCGGUGGCCGUGGAGGCCGUGGGGGAGGGGGAGGAGCAGCUCGCGCGCGGCUCCGUGGCGCUUUCCUCGGCUCCUGCUGUAGUGACCAACUACACAGUCGUGAACAGGACUUCCACGUCGCUGCUCAUGAGUUGGGUCGCUCCGCCAAACAACACCUGCAUCCAGCGCUACGUUUUGUCGUGGCGGAACUGGACGGAACAGCAGGACGAAGCUUCCCUUAACCUGACGACAGAAACUAGUUACGAGGUCACGGGGCUGCGACCUUGCACCAUGUACGGGAUGUCUGUAGCAGCGGUAACAGCGAACAACGUGGCGUCGUCAAAUGUUAUAUAUGUCUACACGGCAGUACAGGGUGCUCCUCUGGCGGUGUCUGGCGUGAGUGCGAAGCUCGCCAGCCCCGACUCCAUCACCGUCCAGUGGCAAGAGACAUCCCCCUGCGUGCAGUCGUACAGAGUGUGCGUGGAGCCCGUCGGCGGCUCGAGAAACUGCACACACACGUCCGGCGAGGACCUGCAGUGGACGAGUGGCACCCACAUCCAGCCCUGCACCGACUACAACAUCGCGGUCGCAGCCAUGGACUACACGGGGCAGUAUUCGGAAGAUGUAGUCAUCGUGUUUGCGGGAGCUCCAGGAGAGGUGAAGAACCUGACUGUGGCCAGCCGCACUGAAGAAUCCAUGACCAUCACGUGGGCUGAUCCAGACAGCAGUUCGAGCUGCCUGAAUGGCUAUGAGGUGUACCUCUGUGCGAAGGACAAACCCACCACAUGUAGCAAACCACUAGCUGCCUUGGGGUCGGAAAAAACCAGCUACACUGCCGCGGACCUAACUGCCUGCGAGGACUACAAUGUAGUGGUGAGGUCCACAGGUGCUGGAGGUCAGCGCUCCUAUGGCUACAGCAUAACUACCUACACAGAUGUUACAGACAAGAGCAGCGUGCUCGCGAACUUCGGCGCCGACACGGACUUCGAUCUGGCUAGCGUCGACGUGCUGAAGUUGGAGGCGAGCUGGGACAUGCCCGACCAAACCGACUGUCUGGCUGGCUACCAGGUUUGCUACCAGGAAGACAGCGGGAAGAGCGGGGAGACCUGCGACAAACUGGGGGUCUCCACCGUGGACUGGAGCAGCACCAACGUGGACUACUGCUCCAGCUACUCGAUCAGGGUGUCGCCCCUCACGAUCGAUGGGCAGGCAUAUCCCGAAGUCUCCGCCAAUGUUGUCACCCCCCCACAUGCAGUGACCAACGUGACAGCCAAGAAGGUGACGGGCACCACGAUACACGUUACGUGGGAUCUGCCGCCCACUGACAGCUCCAGCUGCACACAGGAGUAUGACAUCCACUGGUGUCCUUCGGGGGCGGUGGGCUGCAACUCGGACAAUGAUACCACGCCGGGCGCCAUGGUGCGUGCUGGCGCCACUGGCCACACCAUCCGCAGCCUGAGCAACUGCACCACGUACCUGGUGUGGGUGCGGGGAGUCGCGACCAGUGGCGCCGCCUCCGAGGCCAGCUUCAUGUGGGCCAAGUCUGGCGGCAUGGUCCCGGGCGUGGUGGAGCGCUUGAGCGCGCCGCGCGUCACCUGCGGCUCGGUGUUCGCCGACUGGGACGCCCCGACGAUCGCCGCCGAGUGCGCAGCCGGCUACGAGGUGUGCUGGCGGGCGGCAUCUGGCGCCGACGGCAGCACUUGCGAGACCAUCCAGGCUCCGCUGACGCAGCUCCACGUCGGCGGUCUCCAGCCGGCCACCCCGUACAACAUCUCCGUGGCCGUCGUCGGCGCUGGCAGUGAGAAGUCCGAAGCUAUAGGCAUGCGGGUCAUCACCCGUGCUGCGACGCCUCUGCGGGGUCUCGCUGUCGCCGCGAGGACGGAGACAUCGGCACUGCUGUCCUGGGAGUUCUCGGAGGAGGACGCAGAGUGCGCUGAGGAGACGGUGGUGUCCUGGCACCCGAUGGGAGACAACAGCUCCCGGGAAGGAGGCGGGUCCACGCGCGUCUCUGCCAACCAGACUCGGCUCAACAUCACCGGUCUACUGCCCUGCACCGACUACGUCGUGUCGGUCGGCGUCGCCGAUGCAUGGGGGGCAGAGACCCCCAACACCACCGUCGGGAUGCGCACCUUGGACCAAAGUCCGGCGGCCGUGCGCGAGCUGCGGCAGCUGAGGAACGGCUCUCGGCUGACGCUGACGUGGAACAGCCCCCCUGCGCUGGCCGCUAGCUGCGCCGCCGGGUACCAGGUGUGCUGGCGGCUCGCCGGGGAGGGCGACCAGUUACCUGCGUGCGCGCGCGCCUCCUCCGAGCUCUUCCCGCUCGGCGACUUCCUGCCCGCGUGCCGGGUGUACCGGGCGUCCGUGCGCGCAGUUGCCGUCGGCGGGGAGCUGUCGCGCGCCAGCAGCGCCACCGUCGACCUGGCCACUCCCGGACCGGUCGUCAACCUGACGGUGGAGGGGCGCGCUGCCGACUCUCUGGAGCUGCGCUGGGGGCCGCCGCCGGGUACCGCCAGCUGCCUGGUGGGCUAUUGGGUGUGCCGCGAGCAGGGCUCCGGCGGAGACAACGCCACCUGCGAGGAGGUCCCCGCCGCGCUGACGGGACACCGGGUGGCCGGGCUGCGGCCGAGCACGCGAUACAACGUGACCGUGGUCGCCCUGGGCUCGGCGGGCGAGGAGUCGGAGGCCCGCACCGUCAGCGCCGUCACGGACGCGGCGGGCAAGAGCGAAGCACAGUCGAGCCUGGUGUACGCGAACCACAACAUUCUCAUCACGUCCGCUGCUGUCUUCCUGACGCGGCGGUAUCUCCUCUUCAGAGACUAGACGGGAGUGCGCAACAACCAAUUAAUUGAAUACUUUUUUUAAAAAAACAAAUCUGUAAUCAAGAGAAGUAGUAAUAAUGCACACGUUAAAAUACUAAUAGAGAUACUAACAAA